AUGGGUAACAGUGCUGCAAUCCCUGAUGGUCCUCCAAUGAGGAUUCUGAUGAUUGGGAAAACUGGUGUUGGGAAGAGUGCUACUGGCAACACCAUCCUGGGUAAAACAUAUUUUAAGUCUAGUGUUAGCUUGGAGUCAGCAACAAAGACCUGUGAAUUUGGAAAUGUUCCAGACUGUGAAAGAAGGAUUACUGUGGUCUAUACACCUGGCUUUCUAGACAGAUCUAAAACUGCAGACAGUAUAAAGAAAGACAUUGCAAAAUCCAUGCAGAUUACCACCCCUGGCCCUCAUGUCUUCUUGCUGGUCCUGCAGAUCGGUAGGUUUACCAAAGAAGAACAAAAUUGUGUGGACACCCUGGAAAAACUGUUUGCACCAAAGGUCUCAAACUACAUGAUUGUGCUGUUCACUCAUGCUGACAAACUGACUAAGAAGGGCAUAACAAUAGAGCAUUAUUUCAAAUCUAGCCACACCAUGAUUGGAAAAUUAGUUAACAAAUGUGGUAACAGCUAUCAUGUGUUUGACAACACUAACACCAUGAACAGAGAACAGAUUGCUGAGCUUGUCAAUUCGUCAGCGCGGUUAGCGCCGUGCAGCUGCUCGCACAGGGUGAGCCUAACUCGCUAA